CCUGGAUGAUUUAAAAGAGAGAGAGAAAAGGGGAGACAUGGCUGCGAGAGGAAGAGGCGAGCAAUGUAGCCUUUUCUGCGGCUGCGAGAGCAGCAGCGCUCCUGAGCCCUGCGGAUUGCAAGAAGCUGCACAAUGAUGGAAGGAACAAGACAAGCAAGGAUUUCACGCCCACACAAGAUAAGUGAAUCCGCAAAGGUAUACAAAUGGGCUGACCACUCCAGCCUAGUUCUUCAGAGCUUGAAUGAACAGAGGCAACGGGGCCUUUUCUGUGACAUCGUUCUGGUUGCGGACGAGCAGAGGGUCCCCGCCCAUCGGAAUAUUUUAGCGGUCUGCAGUGACUAUUUCAACUCAAUGUUCACCAUUGGGAUGCGGGAAGCCUACCAGAAAGAGGUGGAGCUCUUUGGAGCAUCCUAUGUUGGCCUCAAAGCCAUCGUGGACUUCCUGUAUGGGAGCGAGCUCUCCCUCGAUGGUGGCAACAUCGAUUACAUUUUGGAAACUGCCCACCUGCUGCAGAUCUGGAAGGUGGUUGACUUCUGUUGCGAGUACCUGGAGAACGAGGUCAACGAGGAGAACUACUUGUACCUGCAGGAGCUGGCCUCUCUCUACAACCUCAGGCGCCUGGACUUGUACAUCGAUUCCUUCAUCUUGAGGAACUUUGGCACGCUGUCUUUCACGCCACACUUCCUGCAGAACAUUUCCAUCCGGAAGCUGUGCCAGUACCUGGGCAGUGAUGCUGUCCAGCAGGAAUGUGAGCAUGACUUGCUGCAGGCUGCAUUGCAGUGGCUGACACAGUACCCAGAGAGGGAGAGGGAGGCCUACUCCGUCUUGGAAAACAUCCAUUUCCCCUUGAUACCAAAGAGCGACCUGCUGCACCGUGUCAAGCCGGCCGUCUGCUCCCUCCUCUCGAAAGAAACCAACUGUGAGACCUUCGUCGAAGAGGCGGUCCACUACCACAACAAUGUCGCAGCUCAGCCGGUCCUUCAGAACAAGCGGACCGCUCUCCGCGCGAGUGAAGAAAAGCUCCUCUUCGUUGGCGGGGAGGUGUCAGAAAAUUGCUUGGAGCUGAGUGACGACACCUGCUUUCUGGACACCAAAACGGGGCAGUGGGUGAGGGAAACACCGCUCCCUGCCCCGCGGAGCCAUCACUGCGUUGCAGUGCUCGGAGGUUUCAUCUUUAUUGCCGGAGGAAGCUUUUCACGUGACAAUGGUGGGGAUGCUGCCUCCAAUCUUCUAUAUAGGUAUGACCCUCGGUGUAACCACUGGAUAAAGCUUGCUUCCAUGAGGCAGCGUCGUGUGGACUUCUAUCUGGCUGCCAUCAAGGGCAUGCUAGUGGCUGUCGGUGGAAGGAAUGAAAAUGGAGCACUUUCAUCUGUUGAGAUCUACAGCCCGGAAAAAGAUGCAUGGACCUAUGUAGCAGGCUUGCCAAGGUUUACUUAUGGCCAUGCUGGCGCAGCCCACAAUGAUUUGGUUUAUAUAUCAGGAGGCCACGAUUACCAAAUUGGUCCCUAUCGCAAAAAUCUGCUCUGCUACGAUUAUCGCACCGAUGUGUGGGAAGAGAAGAGACCGAUGAUCACUGCCCGCGGCUGGCACAGCAUGUGCACCUUGGAGGAUGACAUUUACUCCAUUGGCGGCAGUGACGAUUACCUUGAAACAAUGACCCGCUUUGACAUUUUGGCUGUGGAGUCUUACAGCCCACAGUGCAAUCAGUGGACCAGAGUGGCACCCUUGCUGCAAGCCAACAGUGAAUCUGGAGUGGCCAUGUGGGAAGGCAAGAUCUACAUCCUUGGUGGCUAUAGUUGGGAGGACACUAUCUUCUCCAGAACCGUCCAGGUGUACAACAAAGAGAAGAACAAGUGGCAAAAAGGAACUGAUCUUCCAAAAGCGAUUGCUGGGGUUUCUGCUUGUGUGUGCGCAUUAAAACCAAGAUCAGAAGAUAAAAAGAAAAGGCCAAAAAUGAAACGGCAUCAGAAUCAAGGGAGAUGACAAACUUUUGGACAGUUCAGCCAUGAAGAAAGAAUGUGUACCAAACCUCUAAUCAUUUUUUAUAUAACAUUGUAAAUGGCUUUGGAAACUUCCAUAAAACUACAACAAAGGGUCCCCACCCCCACCCCCUUGUCAGUUGGACUGGGUAAUUUCUGAUGAUGAAAUAUCUUCAUGGUUCCAGGAAAGGCAGUUGAAUGUUAUGCCAUAUUGUUCUUGGGACUGUCAUGUCAUCAUAGAACAAAAUCCAUUGGAAGAAAUGGUAAAAUGCAUGUAAAAAAUGGUGGUUGGGAACAUCUGUUUUGAAAUCAAAAGGAGGAGACAGGAGUUGAGAGAAAAGCAGGUUGUCCUAAAAAAAACUGGAACGGAAAUUCAAAGAGUUGUCCUUCAAUUCUCACUUAUCCAACGUAGCUACACGUUGGGAGGUAAUACCUUUAAUUGUGGGCAAUAGGUGUGCUCCCUAUUCAGACAGAAGCGUGUGGAAAGCAUCUGAAGUGAGAGCGAAGUGAGGGUUACUUGUGUUUAAAAAUUCAGGUGCGCUGAGUAUUAAAAGCUGCAUUUGUUAAAGUCUCCCAAGCUUGAAUGGGACAUUGUUCUGGAGUAACUAAUUGGUAUAUUCCAGCAACUGGGUUGGUUACCUGAAACAAGGAAACAUUGCUUUUGUCUGCUGCUGUAUUGAGGCCCUUGUUACUUGUGUUUGGCUUGAACGGUCCAUCUGUGUCCAUUGGCCAGUAUGUUUAUUUUAUACAAAUGUACUACUGUAUCAUUUUAUAAGAACUUAAAUGCUGCCAUUUGGAUGGAGUCUCAGUGACAUGGUGGGGAAGAUUCCCACUCCAGACAAUGAAAGUUUUCUAAAAGUUUUUGAAACCUUUUGUAUCAUUUUUUAAAUGAGACACGUUUUUGCUAAUACCUAGCCUGUAACUUGUCACCUGGUGUGUUAAUUACUCUUAAAGCUUCUGAUGCAUAA